AUGGAGGUCUCCCCAGCGGCCGUAUUUUUGAGACGUCUCAAGAAUACCCUUUAUACUCGCGAUGGGGGAUGUGGUGGGGGAGGUCUCCCCGGCGGAGGACGUGGGGGAGGUCUCCCCGGCGGCCCAGCUGCAAGAAUACCUUUUAUACUCAUCGGACGUGGUGGAGGACUGGUGGAGGUCUCCCCGGCGGCCGAGCUGCAAGAGGAUGCGAAGCCACCCGCAUGCCAGGGUGGAGUCAACGGUAUGGGGAAGGGGAGAGGGAGGAGUGGCACGGGGGUUGGGGGAGCGGUGAUGCAGGAUGGGAGGGUCCGGGAUGGUUGGGGGAUCGAGGCGGGUGGGGGAGAAGUGGGGGAAGGUAGCAUUGGAGGGAGGGAAGGGAGGCGGGGAGGGAGUGGGGGAAUGCGUGGUGGGGAAGAGUCGGUGGGUCCUAGUGGGAUUGUAGGAGGGGCACAGGGAGCAAGAGGGGUGGGUGGGGGGAGUGGAGGAGACGCGGAGGGAGACGGAGGUGGGGCAGAGUGUGGGAGGGGAAGAGGAGGCAGAGGAAGAGACAGGGGAGGCAAGGGAGACAAGGGGGGAGGGGAGGAAGGCAGGGGAAGAGGAGUGGAGCGCGGGAGGGCGAUAGUGGGUGGAGGAGGAGACUUCAUGGGUGCAGGGGAGGGUUUAUGGGCGGAGACAGGCGCAGACCGAGGAUGGGGAGUGAGAAGGAGGAUGAGCGGGGGCAGGGAGGGAGGUGGGGGCAGCAGAGAAGGCAGGGGGAGAGGAAAGGAGGUGAGGGGGGCGGUGGGGGGUGUUCGUGCAGGGGCGAACGCGAACACGUUCGUGUUUGCCUCUUGCUCAUCCCUAGUGGGGGGUGUUGGAUGUGCUGCUGUGGGUGCAGUUGGAAAUGGAGGAAAGGCGGAGGGAGAAGAGGUGGGUGGUGCGGCGAGGGACAGAGAGCUUGGCUGGGAUCUGUGCUAUAGGGCGCCGCGUGAGGCGGUAGCAGCAGACGGAGGAGGGGGGGUGAGAGGGAGGGGGAGCGGGGGCAGGGAGGGAGGCGGGGGGGGGCAAAGAAGGCUAUAG